AUGGCCUCAACUUUACCAUUUGGGGCUGAUCUCGCCUGGUCCCUUUGGGAUGCCGAGCCACUGGAAGGCGCAUUUACUCUUCAAGCGCACGCCGAGCCUACAAACACCAGUGGCGUGGUCAAAGACGUCUUACGGCCAUGGAUGUUCGGCUACAGAUCACCUAAGCCAAACGGUCAGGCCGUUCUGAUCAUGGGUGGAGGUGGCUAUGUCGAGCUCAUGGUCGGCAGAGAAGGUGUCGCUGUGGCACACUGGCUAACAACACUCGGAAUCAACGCAUUCGUCCUCGUUCAUCGCUUCCCGACGGCGAAGACGGGCGCCCAAGCGCCGGUAGAUGAUGCUCGUCGAUGCCUAUGGCUUAUUGAAGAGAGUGGGCUUGCGCCAAAGGGGAUGGGAGUCUGCGGGCUGUCGUCCGGUGGUCAUCUUGCUGCUGCACUGUUGGCUGCGUACCCUGCUUCUUGGACAUAUCCCAAUGGAAUGGAAACGACUCCAAGCCCGACCUUCGCAAUUAUUGGCUAUGGGCCUAUCUCUACGAAUGCCGUUGGCCGGACUAUCGUCGCAGACAAGGCGCCGCUUGCGCCACCUGAGAAACAGGAGCUGUAUAACGUCAUUCAGCCGGAUGUACAACUCGUUUCACCAGCGCCUCCUACAUUUAUCGUGUACUCGGGAAAUGACCCUGUUGUUCCGGUUGAAAACGCAUAUCGAUUGAGCGAGGGGAUCACGAAAGCUGGAGGGGUGGUUGAGUUGCAUGUUUUUGCUGAUGCGCCGCAUGGGUUCGGACUUGAUACUACUGGUUUGCCAGUCUCGAGAUGGCCGCUGAUGUGUGGAGAUUGGCUAGAGCAGAAUGGGCUUUUGUAG